AUGUCGGGCUCCCCGGCCAGGGGUGCUGCGGUACGCGGUGGGCCCCUGGGCCUCCGAAAAACUUGGACUGAACUGAUGGCGGGCAGAGUCAAGAAGCAAAAAUAUAAUCCAGAAAGGGAACAGAAAUUAAAGGAUUCCGCUCUGCAACUCCUGAGAUACCACCAAAACAUGAAUGACCUUUUACUAGAGGUAGAAGAUCCACAGUGUAAAAAGUUGUGUCUCAGCAAACUGAUUGAUCGUGACGGUACUUCGGCCUACUCUGACCAGUCCAGUUCCUUUAUCCCCUCUGCUUUUCGGGAUCAAGCCUUAGCACUGGGAGUUCCUGUGGGGAUACUAUCUGCCAGAGUGUUUGCUCACAGUGUGCAGCAGGUCUGCCUGGAGCCCAGCCACCCUGUGCUGCUCAGCUCGGAGCAAAGAAAGAAACUGUCUUCCUUGUUAGAAGUUUCUCAGCAUUUGCUGGCGCGAAACAUGUUCUCCCGUCUCACCUUCUGUCAAGAACUGUGGAAAGCCCAGAACUCUUUGUUGCUUGAAGCUGUGUGGUGUCUUCACACGAACAACAUUGUGAGCCUACAAGAGCUGCUGCAAAGCCAUCCUGACACGCAAGCCAUGACCAUGUGGCUCUUCAGGAACCUAUGCAUUCUGUGUGAGCAGAUGGAAGCAUCCUGCCUAUCCUCUGAUACUACUAAAGCCAUGCUUUCCGGUUUUGUGCAGCUAUUAGUUUCAAGGGGAUUUCAGGAAAGCUCGGAUCCGAGACCCGUGGAGCCUGAAAAGAUGCCUCGGGUUGCUACACAUGUCCUGCAGAGAAUGCUGACUUUUGCACUUGAUACUCUGGAUGCUGAUCCACACGUGACGUCGGCUUCCCAGACCGUGAGGGGCUGGUUUCGUGUCUACUCUGGACAUAUAUGCUGUGGUAUGACGGCUGUGGAUUCUCUGAAGAGCUUCUUCAGUCGCACGCUGACUCAGAUUCUGACUCACAAGCCGGGGCUGAAAGUGUCUGACGCUGUUCAAAUGCAGAAAGAGUGGAGCUUUGCGAAGACUUGCCAUCUGCUCACCACUCUGUAUUGCAGGGUUUUCGUGACACUAGGUCCAGAGGAGUCAGUUGGCCGUUUGCAGGAAGUCCUGGAGACACAGGAGGUUAACUGGCAGCAUGUGUUGUCCUGUUUGUCUACACUGGUUGUCUGCUUUCCUGAGGCACAGCAACUGGUUAAAGACUGGGUGGCCUGUUUGAUGGCCCGUGCCUUUGAGAGCUACCACCUAGACAGCAUGGUCACUGCAUUCCUGAUUGUACGCCAGGCUACUCUGGAAGGCCCCUUUGUGUUCCCAUCCUAUGCAGACUGGUUCAAGGAGUCCUUUGGGAGCUCCCUUGGCUACCACAGCUGCAGCAAGAAGACACUGGUCUUCCUCUUCAAGUUCCUGUCUGACCUGGUGCCCUGGGAACCCGCUCGGUACAUGCAGGUCCACAUUUUCCACCCUCCACUGGUCCCAAGCAAGUACCACUCCCUCCUCACAGACUACAUCUCGUUGGCCAAGACAAGGCUUGCUGACCUCAAGGUUUCUCUGGAGAAUGUAGGACUCUAUGAGAACUUGUCCUCCUCUGGGGACAUCGCUGAGCCUCGGAGCCAGGCGAUCCAGGACGUCGAGAAGGCCGUUGUGGUGUUUGAACAAACAGGGAAAAUCCCCAUGGCUGUCAUGGAAGCCAGCAUAUUCAGGAGGCCCUACUACCUGUCACACUUCCUCCCCGCCCUGCUCACACCGAGAGUGCUGCCAGAGGUUCCUGACUCCCGGGUGACCUUUAUAGAGACCUUGAAGAGAGCCGAUAAGAUUCCCUCAUCGUUAUACGAUGCCUACCGCCAAGCCUGUGCCGCUGCUGAGGAGAAGCAGCCCGAAGAUGCCACCCCAGGAAGAAGGACGGAGCCUGAGUGUGCUGAACAGCCCCUGGGACUGCUCACAGCAGCACUUGAAGAGCUCAGAGCCUUAAUGACAGACCCCACCCAAUACGAUGUUAUAUCUGCUCAGGUGGCUGUGGUCUCUGAAAGACUCAGUGCUGCUUUGGGUCACAGUAGCGAUGAUGGCAGCCUCCGGAGAGCAAAGAUCCAGCUCAGCAUCCUUACUCCCACGCUCCGGACACAGGACCAGGAGGUUGUGGAUCUCCUGCUCACAGCCUUCUGUCAGGACCAAAUGGCAGCCUCUAGUUUUGUGACCCCAGAGAGGCAGAGCCCCUGGGCUGUCCUUUUCGUGAGGACCCUUUGUGGACACGUGCUUUUCCCUGCAGUGCUCACUCGGCUCUGCCAGCUGCUCUAUCACCAGGGCCCAAGCCUGAGCACCCCUCAUGUGCUGGGGUUGGCUGCCCUUGCCGUCCAUCUGGGUGAGUCCAAGUCCAUACUUCCAGAGGUGGAUCCCGGUGUCCUUGCCUCCGCUGACAGCCUUUGUGUCCCUGAGUUCUUGAACAGCCUCCUGACCUGCCGCACAAGGGAAUCUCUGCUCUUCUGCAUGAAAUUCUGUACAGCAGCAAUUUCUUACUGUGUAUGCAAGUUCGCUGCACAGCCCCUUGCUGCCUUGAACAACUGUUUAUCUCCAGGCCUGAUCAAAAGGUUUCAGUUUGUUAUGUUAAGAGUGUUCUCGGAGGCCAGAGCACCUUGUCCUCCAGAACACACAGCUUCCGUCUCCUGGAGACCCCUGUACCUUCCUUCUGCAGACUGGCAGAGCGCUGCACUCUGUCUGUGGAGAUGGGGCAGCUUCCAAGAGCUGUGGAAGGAAAAGGGAUUUUAUUUAACUUACAGAGACUGGGUACAGAUGGAAUUGGAAAUUCAACCUGAAGUUGAUGUACUCUCAGACACAGAAAGACAUGACUUCCACCAGUGGGCCAUCUAUGAGCACUUCGUCCCGGCACCAUCUGCUUUGGGAGGCUGUGAUGGAGACCUGGAAAUAGCGUGCACAGUUCUUGUCAGUGAGCUGAUGGACUUCCACCAAAGCUAGUACGUGGAAUGCAGUUAAAGAAAGGUG